AUGUCGGGAAGCGCAGGCUACGAUAGACAUAUUACGAUUUUCUCUGACCAGGGACGUCUGUACCAAGUCGAAUAUGCGUUCAAGGCCAUUACAGCAGCAAACAUAACGUCAGUUGCCGUCCGCGGUAAAGACUGUGCUGUUGUUCUAUCACAAAAGAAGGUUCCCGACAAGCUCAUCGACCCGUCGUCGGUCUCGCACGUGUUCAAAAUCUCGCCGUCGGUCGGCAGCGUCAUGACCGGGUCUAUUGCGGAUGCUCGGGCUUGCGUGGACCGUGCCCGUGGAGAGGCGGCCGAGUUCAGGUACAAAUAUGGAUAUGAGAUGCCCUGCGAUGUGCUGGCGAAGCGGCUCUCCAAUAUCAACCAAGUCUAUACGCAACGGGCAUACAUGCGUCCUCUGGGAGUUGACAUUAUCGUGAUUUCGGUGGAUGAAGAGCGCGGACCGCAAUUGAUGAAGUGCGACCCGGCCGGGUAUUACGCGGGCUACAAGGCUACUGCGUCCGGGCCCAAGCAGCAGGAAGCCAUCAACUACCUGGAAAAGAAGCUCAAGAACAAGGACUACGCCGAGGGCAACUGGGAGGAAGUGGUUGAGCUGGGCAUCACGGCCCUGAGCAACGUGCUCAGCGUCGACUUCAAGAAGAACGAGAUCGAGGUCGGAGUGGUUGGCGGGCCGCGCGCAGAUGGCCAGGAGGGAACAGAUGGCCGAUUCCGUGCCUUGACCGAGGAUGAGAUCGAUGACCGGCUGCAGGCGAUCAGCGAGAAGGAUUAA